AACUUCCGUUCAGAGAGGACGAACAUCAAUACGGUCGCUUUUCUAUAGGCUGAAGGUCUUGAAAUAAGUUGACUCCUCUCCCUUCCCGGAGAAGCGCCAGGGAAAGGCUCGGUUUCCCUUCCAUCGAGGUAAGGCUGUGAUAACAGGAUGGAGCGGUAUGUUUGUGUGCUCGUGCUGAUAUUGAGCGCUCCAGCCCUGGCAGCAGCGGACUGCGCCUCGCGCUGUUUGAAAUGCGCGCAGGAGUUGCCCCGCGCAGACACAUCCGUGGACAGUCUGGCUUGCACGUUAGAGUGUGAAGGGGCUGUCACGAGCUCGUGGGAAUUAAAUAAAUGUGAUCGAAUCCUCAACCAGCAGCCUGCGGGUUUUACUUCUGAUGACGAUGCGCACAGCGCGCCCGACGCAGAGGAUAACCAAGAGUCUUCUCUACCGAGCCUGGUCAAGCGCUACGGCGGCUUCAUCAAGCGGAUUGAUAAAAAUAAACUUUUCAAAUCCCCUUGGUAUGACAAUGCUGUUCUAAAAGGACUUUUCGCCAAGAAACUCGGUGAACCUCUUGGAAAAUUUGGUGAGCGUGAGGUACCGGAAUUAGCAGAGGACACCGAGCGCGAGGAUGUGGCAUCAGAGAGCGAUACUGGAGUAUAUGACGACGCUGCCUUAAACCCUGUCAAACGUUACGGAGGAUUUUUACGUAAAUUUCCAAAGCGAAGCGAGUCCUCGGAGGAAAGCGACCGGCAGGAGCUGCAGAAGCGGUACGGCGGGUUCAUGCGCAGGAUUCGACCCAAGCUCAGAUGGGAUAACCAGAAGAGAUAUGGAGGUUUUUUAAGGCGUCACUUCAAAAUCUCCGUGAGAUCGGAGGAGGAACCAGCAUAUGAUGAUGUUGGUCUUUAGGCCAUCGCUUAAACUGUCCUUACUGCCGCCUUUCACUCAAAACUUCUUUCGCAAAUCCGUGAGAAUGUUAUCCAUAGAGUCACUCAUCUGUGUUCCCGAGGCUGGUUGUGUCACUGCGGGUUCAGAUCACCUCGUAGGAAAACAGACUUGUGUCCUUGUCAAGUCACUAAGUCUAAUGGACAUUCAGGUGAAUAAAAAACAUUUGUUGUUGUGCGUAAACACAUACACUGUGCGUCCUGUAUUGAAACCCGUUAUGCUUGUUUGAUUAAACUAUAGGCUAAACAUAAUAAAGGCAAGUGCGUAAUUUGCCAAAGCUGCAAGGAAAUGAUGUGUUGCGUUACUUUACAGAACCUGAAUAUGUCGACACUUCUGCUCUUAUUGACAGUGUGUUUAACGUUGUUUUGGCUGGAGUUGGCCUUAGUGUAUUUAAAUGUUUAUACUUCGUUAAUAAAGUUUAUUUCACUUGAAAGAAA